AAAUCCGGUGAGAAGCUCCGUGUGGAGGGCAGCCAGUUUUUCAACCCGGAGCUUCUCGUUAAAGUAUCCUAUUUAACUUCAAUGUUCACAGAAAGAACCAUAUCCAAAACCUUGAAAGCCAAUGGGAGUAGGCCUCUGUUGUUUUGGGCAAUUAAGCCCUCAAAGACUGCCUAAGGAGGACAGAGAUGAUGAUCAGAGUCAUUGUUUGUUCAUGAAGCUAGGAUGCUUUUGGCUAGAGAAGGAAGGUAAAGAGAGGCAGAUGCAUCAGAAUGAUCAGAAGCAGAAAGAUCGGCUAAAGUUGGAAGAGCGUCAUUGGGGGAUUGGCUCCUGGCUGAGCAACCUACCAGUUUGCAUAAUAACUGCAUCAAUGGAGGUGAAUACUAUGUGUUCAAACAUGUCUCCUACAGGGUUUAUCCAUAUUUUGCUGUAGACACUGUUGAUUGCGCCAGCAAAGUGGUCAGAGACAACUUCUCCAUGGACAGAAACAGAACGUUGAAGGAUGAUGAAGCUGAGAGCAGAAGGGAUGAUGAUGCUUCCUUUCUUCAUGUAUGAGCCAAAGUGGAAAGUCAAAGAAGAAGGUGAACUUUAGAUU